AUGACCUUCCCUUCGACAGACGACCUCUACAUCACAGAUGUACCGGGGAAAGGGAAAGGGAUCAUAGCAUUACGAUACUUCCAGCGAGGCGAAACCGUCCUCGCCGAAGUGCCGCUCUUCACGCAAAGCAUUGUACGGGGGAAUGCUUCGGUCCUCGGCGCGCUCGCCCAGUGUACGCCCGAACAGCAGCAAGAGUUCUUCCGCCUGCACAGCUGUCACGGCGAUAGGUACGCGCAGGCGCUAGGCAUCUUCGAGACGAACGUCCUACCGUGUGGCAGCAAUGACGCACACGGGCACGUCGCUCAGCAGGGCGGGAUCUUCCUCGCCGGCGCGCGCUUCAACCACUCGUGCGUCCCGAACGUGAACAACCACUGGGACGCUGCGCGUGGACAGCUCGUCUUUCGUGCACUGCGCGACAUCGAGGCGGGCGAGGAGCUCUGUCUUGGCUACGGCAGGCUCCUCGCGAAACGGGGCGAGCGGCGGGCGGAACUGAGUGCGAAGUUUGGGUUCGACUGCGCGUGCGAGGCUUGUAGCCUGGAAGGGAAGGCCCUCGUAGCAAGCGAUGCACGGAGGGAAUGCCUUGCGAUGAUGUACAGUGCCCAUCUACGGGGUUCGUACGGCGACCCUUUCGAGGGCGUGGGAGAGGCCGUUCUGGCCCUGCGCUUCUUGCGCGAGGAGAGACUCCCGGUGUACGAAUCGUCGUUCUGCUACAGCGGCUUCCACUGCUGUGCCGCCGUAUCCGACUUCACCAGUGCGAUGUCAUGGGCGCACAGAGCUUUCGAAGCUUCCCGGGCGGCCUUCGGUGACGAUCACGCUUGCUACUGGAAAGACUUCGUCGCGAACCCAAGCUCCUAUUCGGAUGCGAGCAGCCUAGGCAAACGGACUUUAGCAGGGCCUGAUUCGUCUCUAUGGAACGUAUUGGGGUUCUAG